UUAAAUUAUUAUCAUCCAAGACUUACCCAGAAAAAAACCGAAAUAUAAGAAUCAUAGAGGGCGUUCAAGUGCAUUAACAAUUCAGGCCAGGUAUCCAGUCUAGCAAUCUGUCAGCAGACAAGCAGACGCUCCACGACCUCGCAAUGCCUCGAUUCGAUAUCCCGAGGGAUGUCGGAUAUUAUGCAAGUCCAUUUACAAUCCCUUCAACCAGAUGCUGAGUGUAGUAAUUUGCAAUUCUACAUUACAGCAAGGCCGCGUUCGAUCAAAUCCGCCUCUUGGCGUUUUACGCAUGCGGACACGAGUAAGGACCUAUGUUACACGAGACAUUUGAUUGGUUGGUUUCCGGAUUGCAAUGCGCGCGCACCGGUCUGUGAUCGGUAACGAUAUGCACUUGAACGAAGCGCAAGCUUUACAUGCAUGUAAACACAGAAGGAAGUAACACCCAUAGGAUAUGCUACAGACAGAAAGAAGACAUUUGUCUGCAGGAAGUUCCCUAUGCCGAUAGCCUGGAUUGCACAUGAUAGCAUCUUCGAUUUCUAGUCCACUGAUGAGACUGACAUCACUUCAAAAAAUGUCUCUCUUAAAACUGCUCAUCUUCACCUCAAUACUAUUACUAGGAUCAACGGUAGGCGCGGACCCCCUCGCAAGUAACGGAGCUCACGAGAGGAAAAGCUCGGCAGUCUACGACAGCCCCGCCCUGCGUGUUUCCCGACGCAGCGCGCACAGGCGAGAGGCUGACGGGGAGCUGAGGAGGUUUCCACGGCAGGCGUCAGAUGAUGGACCGUUGAGUUACUCUCCGGAUGAGACUCGAGCCCUGCUGGAUGCUCACAUUGAGUAUCGUAGGAAUGUUACUCCGUCGGCUGCUGAUAUGAACAUGAUUGUUUGGAACACAGAAUUGGCCGAUAUGGCACGAGUCUGGGCCGAGCGGUGCGUGUUUGAGCACGGAUUCCCCACCGAUCCCCCCGAACCCUACAACGGCCUGGUAGCACAGAAUAUCUGGAUGGGGAGCCAGUCCUUCGCAUUGACACGAUCCGUGACGGCUUGGUAUAACGAGUAUAAGGACUACGACUACGCUACGGCUACGUGUUCAGCUGAAUGCGGCCAUUAUAGGGUGAUGGUGUUUUCUGGAUUGGAGACCAUAGGAUGCGGUAGCGCUAACUGCGAUGGCGGUCGCCAAACGUUGACUGUUUGCAACUACGGACCAAGUGUACCGUCAAGAGGCGUGCCGUACAAGGCCGGACCGGCAUGCGGGCUCUGUGCCUCCGGGACCGGGUGGUGUGACGACAAACUAUGCCGAACCGACUGUAAUGCUGCAGGCGAAUCAUGCAAAUGCAACCUGCAGUGCCAAAACUGUGGUGAACUGGACAGCGCUCAAUGCAAAUGCACCUGCAAGGCGGGUUGGCGAGGCACUGACUGUUCUGAGCCGUGCACCAAUUACCAAGACUACUGCGAUUCCGGGGCCUACACCCCAGAAGCGUGCGUGGGUGAUACAGGGGCUCAGAAGGACUGCCCAGCCACAUGUGAAUUAUGCUCUGUUGUUAGCGACUCAACCGCCGCUGAGGCGAAGUGCUGUGAUGGGAAGAUGUGUGAUGCUGGCGAGGUGCUCAACGAAUCGUCUUGUGAGUGCGUCGACUACGUGGAAUUUAAUACACCGAAAAAUGCUGCAGCUCCUGUCGUCGUCAGCUGGAUGUUCGUCUCUGUGCUUAGUGGAUUGGUGACGUCCAUGCCGAUUCUGAUUGGAUGAAAGUUACGUCUCUGAUGUACAGCCCGAUGCUGAUUGGGUGACAGAGAUGGCUGAAUGACGGAGGAGGGUUCUGAUUUGCCGACAGGAAUUUUUUUCUGUUUUUCCAAUUGGCUGAAGACAUAUUCGUGCAUUUCUGAUUGGGUGACAAGUGUUUGGUAAUAUUUCAAACUGUUAAACCUAUUUCGCAUUUUUUAUUUAUUGGAAAUUACUUCUCUGUUGGCCAAAUUUGCAGAGAGGCCAUUGAAGAAGGGAGAGACGAGAGCAGACACGUCUUAUGAACACAGAAAGCUUUCUGGAUUCAUACUAAGCUACUAACAUACUCAAGAUUGUUUACAGUCAUUUAUUCCUUUCUAACAGAAUCAUAUUAAUCUUGUCAAAUGAAGCAAUCAUAUAAUCCAUUAAAAAUCAUACGUGUCGAUUUAAUAAUUAUAGUGGAAUUUGGUACUGAAUGCUAAUUUUUAAGAUCUUGCCUUAGUAGUAAUUACAUGUUUUCAGAACCAAAAUGUACAGAGUACUUUCCGAGUGUUAGUUGCUAGUAACAGUACUUCUUUAGCUUCAAAUUGUCUUUCUGUUUAUCAUUCAAAACAAGUAUCUACAAGAUUUAAAAUGAUUCAGGACAAUAACUUUCAAAGUACUGCUCUCUUUUUUACUUCUGUUUCAUUAGCACUACCGAUAAAAUAACGUCCUUUCAAUUUUCUAUUACAAUAGAAGAGUUAGUUUGUAAAUUAUGAAUUUUGUGAGAAUUUAAAUUAAUUUCCCUUGAAAAGGGGCAACAACAAUUUACAUUUCAAAUCAAUUUUAGUUGAAAAAUAAACAGUACUAAUUAAGUAAUAUGAAUAUCUGAAGUAUGCUACUUCAGCAAUACGCUUUGAAGCUUUUUACCUAAAUCAAGCAUUUUGUUACAUUUUUUUUAUAAUUAACAAUAUCAUUUAAUUUCUUUCAAAACUAUUGGAACAAAAACAACAAAUCCAGCCAGGGAAAUGUUCUUCACAGACAUUUAUGCAAGUUGUGGUUGUUGUAAAUGUAAUGUAUGUUUUACAGAGCAUUAAAAUAAAAGUGUGCAUGUGAUGUAGAUUA